AUGUUUUCAUUAUCUCAGAGAUUCCAGGUAUUAAUAAAUCAGGCAGUUACUUUCAGCGUCUUCAUAAUUGCCUUCAUUGUAGCCACUUCCUACAUUGAUUUGAUAUAUCCCAACAAUGUGUUCAAUACAGGCGUUGCAACUGUAAAUAGUAUCAAACCAUCUCUCAGUUUAAGAACCAGCAGAUAUUUCGGGUCAAUCAACAGCAAACCAAAAGAAAAUGUCAGAUUGGAAUUCGAUUUAGAUUCAGAUCUUACAAAUUUGUUUAAUUGGAACACCAAACAAGUUUUCGUUUAUCUAACUGCUGAAUAUAAUAACACUAAAAACACAGUUAUAAAUGAAGUCACUUUCUGGGAUAACAUAAUCACAAAGCAGGAGGAUGCAGUCCUGCAUUUAGAAAAGGCUAAGUCUAAAUAUUCUGUGUGGGAUAUCAGUGAACAAUUCAGUGGUAAAUCUUUGAAGUUUAAAUUGAACUGGAACAUUCAACCAUGGGUUGGUCCAUUAACGUAUGGAGAAAUUGAUACUGGAUAUGAGUUAGUGGUCCCAAAAAAGGUGGAAGAAUCAUCUAAAAAGCAAAGAGUUAACUAA